AUGGUGCUGCCCGCGCUGUCCGCGUUCCCCACGUACCAGCAGUACACCAUCCAGGACUCGCUGCUCCCGGAGGACUCGUACGCCGCGCUGCCGCCCGAGUACCCGCUGUACAACUGGACCCUGCCGUACGGACCGGAGAUCGACCUGCGCUCCAUGGCGGUCGCCUCGCCGGCCUCGGCCCCGUCCUCGUCGUCGCAGUACCUGUCCGCGCCUCUGCCGCGGCAUCGGCCUUCGCGCCCGCGCCACCGCGCGAUGGGCCAGCCCGAGCCCGGGAUCCGGGUGCAGUUCAAGAGCCCCAGCGAGAUCCGGCGGUCGUGCGCGCCGCAGGACCUGCAGCAGGACAUGCAUCAGGUGGCGUGGCUGGAGGGCUUUGACGCGCAGCCCCAGCAGCGCGGCGGCAGCGGCGGCAGCAACGUGGCGGCCCUGUGCCCCAACCUGCAGGCCGUGGAGACCGUGGACCUGGACGACGAGGUGGUCGAGGUGGAGGUGCGGACAUGUCGCCAGGACGAGGCCAGCGCCUCGGAGCGCAUCACCUUCGACAGCAUCGAGGACGCGCUCGCCUCCAUCGAGGCCCAGACCCACCCCACCCCGCCGCCGGCGCAAGGCUGCGUUGCCGCCGCCGCCGUGGCGACGGCGAUGGCCAGGUCGCGCGAGCCGCGCUGCAGCCCGACCCAGAACCCGAAACUGCCCCUCGCCGACGAGAGGCAGGACGAGGUGGUGAAGGCGGCCAAGUCGCUGUUCAGCAAGCGGACGCGCACCCUGUACCACUGGCUCUACCCCGACACCUCCAAGACCAAGUUAAAGGCCACUGUGUCCGCCGCCUGGGACACCCUGGCCGACAGCGAGAAGCAGUUCUACCUCUCGCAGGCAAGCGUGCUGGGCAGGUUCGGCCUGCAGGCUUCCAGUGUCAUGAUCAACCCCCAGCUGGACGGCAUCAAGGGCUUCCCCUCGGCCGAGCUAAGCGCGUCGUGGACGGGGUCGGCCGCGUUGCCGACCGCCCGCAACCCCAGCCCCUCCAGCCCCUCCAGCCCGAGGCUGUCCGAGGCGCAGGAGGCCGUCAACCAGCUGUUCGCGUCGUGCGCGGACUCGGACACGUGGGCGUCGUACAGCUGCUCGUCCGCCGACACCGCCCCCGCCCCCGCGGCCCCCAGGCCCGCGGCCAGGACGCGCACCCUCUGCGGGCAUGCGGACAGGAGGAAAAGGCCAGCGUCGGGGAUGGUGCCGAUGGUGCCCGACGUGGGGCCCAGGGUGCGGCUCAGCGCCCUGGGGGCGGACCACGUGGACGAGGAGGUGACCAUCCUCAAGGAGAUUCGCGAUGCGAGACUGGAGGCGGAACUGCAGGAGGACGCGGAGCUGAGCUCCGAGUUGGAGAAGUUCAGGCUGCUGGCGAGCGGCGAGCGCCCGGUGGGCUUCAGCAGCUUUAGGGACGACUUUUGGCGCGGGACGCCUGACCCCGAGGAUAUUUUCACGCAGCUCGACUUUUGAAACCUUUUUUUUUUUUUUUUGUUUUUCAUUUGCACGGGCCGCUUUGGGUGGUCAACAGAACUAGCGGCACUACGGACCGUGCGUUGGUUUCAAAGAUUAUUCUAGCUGUCUAGUUUUGCUUUACUUUGUGAUAUUGUAGUUAUAGAUUUAGACUAGUGUCGACUAGAGAGAAAUGUGA